AUGCCGAAAAAAUUCACGGGUAUGAAUCAGAAGUCGGCUGUGGCCAAAGCCAAGAAGAAUGAAGCUAGAGAAGUUGAGAAAGCCAAAACAGAGAAGGCAAAAGAAGAUGCCAAAUGGGCUGAGGAUGAUACUAAGGUGUUGAAGAAGCUUCAGAGAAAAGUAAGUUUUUUAAACUUAUUGUUUUUGAGUUUAGAAAGAUGUAUACUGGAUGGUGGAGAUGGUUUUACUUAUAAAAAGUGUAACUUCAUAUCAAAUUGGCUUAACUUUUGUAUUCUGCUUGUUAAAACUAUGUUUCUAGAUUUACAAAAGUUUUUUUUCAGGAAGAACAAGAAUUGAAACGUCUGGAAGCUCAACAGAAGAAACAGGAGAACAAGCAAGCUUAUGAAAGUGAAAUGCAGAACAUCGGAAAAGAAAAACCUUCUGCUUCUAAAGUUACAAAAGCUCAAAUUGAUGCUAUUGUUAAACAGGAGAAGGCAGAGCAAGAAAGGGAGCGUCUACGGCUUUUAGAAGAGAGUAAGAAAAUUGUUGUACCUGAUCAUCUACAAGAAAACAUGAAUCGAAUGAAUAUUGGUGAAGUAGCCCGAAAUGUCAAUGAUGCUUUGAAGAUUUUGGGUGAUAAAGGACCGGCGGAGCCUCAGAAGAGUUUGAAGACGGCUUAUUCUGAUUUUGAAGCACGUAGAUUACCUCAACUGAAAGAGGAAAAGCCAACGUUACGACUGUCUCAACUAAAACAACUUUUGAAGAAGGAAUGGCAAAAGUCCCCGGAGAAUCCACUGAACGAGAAGAUAAUGGGUAUUAUUAGUUAA